AUGGGUGCUGUGAAGAUAGUUAAGAACAAUGCAUUUUUCAAAAGAUUCCAAGUAAAGCUCAAGCGACGACGUCGAGGUCAGACCGAUUACUACGCAAGGAAAAGGCUAACGGUGCAGGACAAGAAUAAGUAUAAUACUCCAAAGUAUAGGCUCAUCGUUCGUUUCACAAACAAGGAUAUCGUUGCUCAGAUUGCAUACUCAAAGAUUGAAGGAGAUGUUGUGGUCACCGCUGCAUACUCCCACGAACUUCCUAACUACGGCAUCAAAGUUGGCUUAACAAAUUAUGCUGCCGCGUAUGCCACUGGCCUUCUGCUCGCUCGGCGUCAUCUGAAACGAUUGGGAUUGGAUAAGAAGUUCAAAGGGCAAGAUGAGGUCACUGGUAAGUACUGUAUUACUGAAGAGGAGGGCGGUCGCAGACCGUUCAAAGCAGUGCUAGAUGUUGGAUUGUCGCGGACAACAACUGGUUGUAAGGUUUUCGGCGUCAUGAAAGGAGUCGUAGACGGUGGCAUCGAAGUACCACACAGCGAGAACCGUUUUUUCGGUUACGAUGCUGAGGCAAAGAAAUAUGACGCAGGUGCCCACCGUGAUCGCAUUUUGAGUAAACAUGUGGCCAGCUAUAUGAGGCUGCUGAAGGAGACAGACAGUGAAGCCUACAAGCGUCAAUUCUCUCAGUACAUUGCUCUGGGUAUUGAACCAGAUAAUUUAGAGGAGAUGUACAAGGAAGCUCAUGAGCGUAUUAGAAGCAACCCGAAUCGUAUUGUGAGACAGUCAAGGAAAAUAACUCAGAAGAAAAGCUAUCACAUCCACAAAUCCUCUCUGGAUGAUAGAAAGAAGCGCAUUGAAGAGAAGAAAGCGCUGCUCCUAUUGUUGAAGAAACAGCAAGAAUCCACAGUACCGUGA